UUUUUUUUAUUUAUUUUUUUGUUAGAAUUUAUUCUUCAAAAGUACCUAUUAAAGAAGGAAAUUAUUUUUAAUCCUUUUAGCCUUAAAAUGCAUUUCAAUAUUUUUGGCAAAGCAGUGAUGGUGCACCAUAAUUUUAUAACCCCAAGAAGGAAAGGCAUUGUUUUAUACAACUAUCCAUCAAUUUGUCUUUUGGUUCUUCCCUCUGGGGCCGUUUCUGAUAUAAUAAGAGGGCCAAGAAGUUGAUGUGGUUUUUGUCUAUUUGUGCCCCGCUUCCUGCUUGCAGACGUCAUUAGUUUAUGGUAUUAUAUUUUUUUCUUUUUCAUAACAAUGGGAUAGGAAGCAAUAUUUUGGUAAAUGCGCGUUUAGAAUUAGGGUUUCGGUUGGGAAACAAAAUUAUUCUUGGGCCAAAGUUGGUAUGGACAUAUAGAGACGGACAAAUCUGGAUUGGGAUGACAAAAAUAACCUCUUGCGUAUUUCGUUGGUUCUAA